CUGAACUACCGCCUGGACCUGCCGCGCGAGGAGGCGGAGCGCGGCGCGCUCGUCGGCGGCCUCGACGCGCUCCUCGAGCACGACCAGCUCCGGAGGGAGCGCGCGGCGGGCCGGGCCUUCGGCGGCUUCCUCGAGGGGCCCGUCGCCUUCGCUCCGACCUUCAAGUUCGACAAGCGCUCAAACCGCUACGACUCGUCGAAGAAGAUGCGCGUGCCGAGCUGGACGGACCGCGUGUUGUACACGCCGCGCGCGCCCGCGGCGACGCGGGGCCGGCGGCCGGAGCUGAUGCUCGCGUCCUACGACGCCGUCGACGCCGCGACGCACUCGGACCACCGGCCCGUCGUCGCGACCUUCCGCCUCUCGCCGGGGGCUAAGAGGUAG